UUUCAGACUUUAUGUGUAAUAACUCCGCGCCCUUCCGCUCUGAUCUGAUCUAUUAGAAACAUUACAGUUUACAGGUUACGACUUUACAGCAUACAGAAGUGUGUACUAACAGCGCAACUGUGUCUCGCGCGCUACUGUGACACACUAGAAAGUGUCGCGUUUUCGAACUCGUGGUUUAUUUUAUAGCGAUUUUGGUGACGUCUGGUUAAAGAACUAACUGGUGGCAGGUCACUGAAAGAGAUGAACGAUUUGUUGUUUAAGUAAACUGUGUUUAAACACACAGCAGAGUUCGAAUAAAACAAGGAAGCGGAAAACGAUUAUUGGGCAACUUCAUGUCACGUUUUUCUGGUCUUAUAAUAUAAAAAAAUAUAGAGACUAUAAUGUGUGAAGUAGCUGGAAAGAAUCGUGCUGAACGCUGGUGGGUCGCGACGCAACUGCGGGAAAUUCCUCCGCGUGUUUUAUCCCAGAAACGUGUCGGAAACCGCCGCGGAAAAAUCCGGGUUUUGUUCGAGUCACUGCUCUCCUCAUUGUGGGCGAAUCUUUGGGGUUUUUUCUCUGAGGGGUUUUUCUUCUGCCUAAAGAAAUAGGUUUAUUUUCCAGGUGUCGAGCUGUAAACAAAACUACAGCAGCUGCCAGAAAGCGAUUGAAAGCUUCAUGAGAGGUUUCUGUAAAAGCCUCUUGUGAAAAUGGUUUCUUGGUGUCUGUUCCUCCUGAUUCUCAUCUUUUCCCAACAAUCUCGAGGCUUAAGUUUCACAGAGCAUCUAGAGAUCUGUGCGGGUCAAGUGUAUAUCCUUAACUGUGGCAGUAUUUUUGAAAAUAAUGUGGUAAAUGUGAAUUGGACUCGAGAGCAGACCCAAGACUGGGACACAGGAAUAAAGAUUAUAAAUCAGUCGCUGUGGUUCUUCCCUGUACAGGAGUCACACAGAGGAAAAUACACAUGUUAUUAUUUCAGUGACAUGGAUGAAUCUCCUGAGAAUCACUUUUCCAUUUCUACAGCUACAACUUUCCUCAAUGUAUCCAAGAGCAAAUGCCCCGAAGCGACCAGUGGUCCUCCACUGUUCCUGACAAAGAACAGGCAUGGAUUUCUUCGUUGUGACAGUAAAAGCAUUAGUGAAAUUGCCAACUCAAACUCUUUUUCCAUCCUGGGCUGGACCUGGAUGAAGGAUUGUAGUCCUCUUAGCUUGGCUGAGACAUCUGACAAGCUUACAUUUGGACCUGUUUCACUGGAUGAUGAAGGAGUGUACACCUGCUUACUGAACUUCACCUUUAAUGGAACUUCUUACACAAUGGCUCAGAGCAAGAAAGUCAUAGUCAGAGAUUCUAGUCCUGUUCCACAGAAGCCCAGGGUUAUAAAACCACAAAAAGAAACUCUUGCUGUGAAAUUGGGUUCAAAGCUGGUGUUAAACUGCAAAGUGUUUGUUGGUCAUGGAUCCUGUGAAAUGGAUCGUGCAGAAUUCCACAAUUUGUAUUGGCUGUGGAACAAUAGUUUUAUGGAGGAUCUCCCACAACAUAUUACUACUAAUAACUGUACAACAGAAGACAACGUGGAGUAUCUUUACAGUAAUCUUACAAUCAUGGAAGUUCAACAAGAAUUCUUCAACAUCCCUUAUUAUUGUGUCAUCCUCACCUCUGAUGGUUAUGACAACGGAACAGUGACACUAAUUCAAUACAGUCAGAGAGAGCUCUAUUGUACGAUGGCGGUGUUGGUUGCGUAUGCAGCAGUAGCACUGGGGUUUGUGCUCUUUUAUAUGUUUAAAGUGGACCUGGUGCUCGCUUACAGGAAUCUCAGUCCUUGUUUAAAACAACAAAAUGAUGGGAAACUGUAUGAUGCAUAUGUCAGCUACCUCAGUGAGGAUUGCCAGAGUGUUUCUUCUGCAACAGACUUUGCUCUAAAAGUUCUUCCAGAUGUUUUGGAGAAUCAGCUUGGCUAUAGUUUGUUCAUUAGUUGUCGGGAUGCACCACCAGGCACAGCGAUCCAUGAUGUCAUUUCUGAAACUGUUGGGAAGAGUCGGCGGAUAAUCAUUGUUCUUCCGCCUCAGGAUUUAGCAAGACCUUCAAAAGGGGAACUUUUAAAUAAAAUGCCAAAUAAGCACUUGAGUUUAAACAACAACAUAACAGCUAUUGACCCAGAUAUAUCUGAAUUAUCUGGGUUGAACUGGGGACCUUACGAGUGCUGGGUGGGUCUGCAUGAUGCCCUGAUAAAAGAGUGUAUGCAGGUCAUCCUGGUCCAGGUGGGAGCGGAAGUGGAUGACGCUCUGCUCUCUGAAUCACUGCGCUAUGUUAAGAACACUCAAGGGAUACUCAAGUGGAAGCAGUGUUACACCAAGAAGCCUAAUGGAAGAUUUUGGAAGCAGAUGCGUUACCGAAUGCCACCUCCGCAAAAAGCUAGAACAGCUGUUAUGGUUUAAAUCUACUGUGUUCAUUUUUGUUAAAAUGAUUAUUUGGGAGGAUGUUCCCCAUAUUUCUCCCCAAUGUUGUCAGCAACCAGUUCCCAUUCACCAGGCAGCUGGUACCUGUUCGAUCACAGCUUCUGGCUUACAUUUAUUGUUUAUAUCAUUUGCAUUAGUCAGACACCAGGAGUUAAGGGUUAAGGAGGGUUAAGGAUUAGAGUUAGGGAAUGUCACUCUCCUUCAUUAGUGACAUGCAAAAUUAAUCUACACAAUUGAUCAAUUCAAGGCAUAUUUACAAAAAAAAUUUUUUUUUUCAAAAGAAUAAAAAAAUAUAUAAUUUUAAGCUUGACAGGUGAUGACAACUGGUUUCAUCAUCAUCAUCAUCAUCACUGCACAAUUAGCAACAUUGAAUUUAUGAAGCCGGUAAUCCAACAAAAAUGAAGUAGCAGUGUGGUUGAAUGUUAGAAAUGAAUACAUAUUUCUAGCUGUGUCCACAUGGUGGCACCAAAAGGAAAGUAACGGAUAACUGCCGAGAAAGGACUGUUUAUUAACCUUUAUUAAGGAUUUUUUUUAUAAAUUGCUUGCUUUGGUUUGUAAAUAAGAUAAUUUUAUCUUUGAAUAAUUGUGUUUUUUUAUUUACUUGAAAUGCUAAGGUAAGUUUAUGAUUUAUUACAUGUUUUGUGCCACUCUCAUAUUUAAAAAUGUGUAUGUACAUGUGUAUAAAAUGGGACACAAGUCUGCUAGAAGUAAAAGCAUUCUGCCAGUUUUGUUGUUA